AAAGUCCAAAACACGUCAACCAAUUGUCAAUCAACGUCAACGGUACAUUAUUUCGAGCUUACGUUCGAUUUUACAAAACGCCGAUUAUUUAUUGUUUACAUACAAUUAAGUGAUAAAAUGAUAAGAUACCGAGGAAAAAAGAAAGUUUUAGAUAAAGUAAAGGAACUAGACGCAUUUCCAAAAGUUCCAGAGGAAUAUGUAGACAGCACGUCGGUUAGCGUAACUUUCUCUGUUAUCACUUUUUUUAUUGUUGCUUGGUUAAUGUAUAGCGAAAUUACGUAUUACCUAGACAGUAAUUUAGUGUUUAAAUUUAUGCCAGACAUUGAUAUGGAUGAAAAGUUACACAUUAAUAUUGAUAUUACAGUUGCAAUGCCCUGUUCUAACUUAGGGGCGGAUAUUUUGGACUCCACGUCACAAAGUGUUUUCGGUUUUGGUGAGUUGCAAGAAGAAGAUACUUGGUUUGAAUUGACACAAGAACAGCAGGACGCUUUUGACGCUGUUAAGUAUCUGAAUUCCUAUCUACGUGAGGAAUAUCAUUCAAUUUGGCAGUUACUCUGGAAAAAAGGGCAUGGGUCUGUAAGAGCCACGAUACCCCCAAGAAAAAGUCGUCCGAAUCGACGACCUGAUGCAUGUAGGCUCCAUGGAGUUUUAACAUUAAAUAAAGUUGCUGGUAACUUUCAUAUAACAGCAGGGAAGAGCUUACAUUUACCAAGAGGACACAUACAUUUAAAUAUGCUAUUUGAUGACACACCACAGAAUUUCAGUCACAGAAUUCACAGAUUAAGUUUUGGUAAUCCAGCUAAUGGCAUAAUAUAUCCUUUAGAAGGUGACGAAAAGAUUACAAAUGAUGAAAACAUGCUGUUUCAGUAUUUUGUAGAAGUAGUACCUACUGAUGUGGAAAUCACAUUAGAUUCUAUAAAAACUUAUCAAUAUUCUGUUAAAGAACUAGAAAGGCCAGUGAGCCAUAGUAAAGGCUCUCAUGGUGUUCCGGGCAUUUUCUUUAAAUAUGAUAUGGCCGCGUUAAAAAUUAAAGUGUAUCAAGAAAGAGAGAAUCCUUUAAAAUUCAUUCUCCGUCUUUAUUCCGUUGUUGGUGGUAUUUAUGUAUUAGGUAGUUUUAUUAACACAAUUGUCUCUACAUUAAGGACUGCUUUUGAUAAACCAAGUCCAGUGGUGAGAAAUGAAAAUUUUGAAAAGAAAAAAUAUAAAAAUCCAUUACUAGUGCCUACAGAUCUAGAAGUUCCAGUAGAUUUGAUAAAACAAUGACAAAUGUAAAUAUUUAGUUUAAGGAAAUUCAUUUGAAAAUGUUGCUUUUAAACAGUCUAUGUAAACAACCCUACUUCGUAACUUAGAUACAGUGUGGCAAGUUCGAGCUGGUAAAAGAGGCACUGUUAUUCCUAGAAAAGAAAAAAUGUGGCAAAGCAGUAUGACAUGGAACUUGUCACACUUUUCUCAUUGCAAAAAUGUUUAUCAUAAUUUAUUUGACUUAAGUCAAGGUCAGAUAACUUUGUUGGUUAUUGAUUUCUGAGAUCACAAUCUCUGCAUAAAACAUGUUGUCAUUCCUGUCAUAAUCUUUGACAAAACAGAGACAAUAUUUUUAUCUCUGUUUUGUCAAAGAUUAUGACAGGUAUUAUGGAUUUUGGUCAUAGAAACCCACAGUAUAUAAAAUUGAUUUGUAUAUUUAGUAAUUGACAUAUAAUUAUACUUUUUUUAUUACUACAAACAUAUAUAUGUAUUAAAUCACAUUAGUAUAUUGGAUUAUUUGUAGAUCUUUUCCAGAUUAAAUUGUAGAUUGUGUUAUUUUGUGAUAUUAAGGCAAACCAGUAUUUUGAUACAUUUACACAUAAGUAAGAUAUAUGACUUUGGAUACAGUUGUAAGGAAAACUUGUUAUAGUAACUAUUUAUGGAAAUUACUUUUUUAAUUUUUAACACUUGUCCCCUGAAGAUUUUGUUUGUUUGAUUUUUAAAGUUUGAUGUCACCUGUUUAUUUUGAUUGUGAUUGUACUCAUCUUUCCAAAUGUUUAAUGAGUUUAGUUUUACCUUUUGUUUUUAUUGCUGUUGCUUGUCACAUUAAAUAUUUUUUUGAAUAUAGUUUUUGUAAAUUCAAUUGAUGUAAAUGUGAUAUCUGACUGAUUUAUUGUAAAAUCGAAUAUGAUAUAUUUGUAAGAGCAAAUGGUACUACAUGAAUU